AUGUCGUCACGUCGUAGAAAGGCGCUUCGCCGCAAUAUGGCGAUCUCGUCGUCGUCCGAAGAGGAUGGCGAUCUUGUUCCUCUCAACGAACCUGAAUCCUCAAAAUAUGUUGAGGAUACCAUGUCACCUACAGUGGCCCCAGAUACCCAGGCCGAGCACAUGACGCUCCGUAAGAACGCAUGGAAGGGUACCCGAGCUCGCCCUCAGGUGCCCUUUGGAUCAGGGAAACAUCGACCCGUUACACCAGCGCCAGAUGGAUCUCUCGUCGACGCGGGCAAUGGAGCUGAUGCCGAGGAGGUGUAUGCUGAGCCUGAUCGACAGCGCGCAGCCAUGAUACUCAACAGAUUCCGAGACCUCAGAGUCAAAUCUCGGGAGAUCACGAACAUGGAGGGGGGAAAUUUGGAGAACCCACCGCCCCUGGACGAUCUCCUCUCAAUGCAACAAGUCGCCUCGAGGGUUCGCUCUGGAACUGACAUGGAUGCUGCACGACCACAAUUUCUUGUCGCAGACAGUGCUGGAGAGGCAAGCUCUCCAAGUGAGGAGUCCAAAGCCUCGUCAGAUAAAGGAGAUACAGCCUCUUCUAAGGACAAACAGCUCUCCGAAGCAUCGAAGGACAGGCUCAGCGCUGCCCAUGCUUCUAGUGUUCCAGUGCUCCAGGACUCGGAGUCAACCAGUGUCCCCGAACCAGAGCCAGAGGCAUCAUCUUUUCCGGAUACCCUGCAGCAAACACCAAAGCGCAUGAGGAUUCCGAGUCCCAAAAUGCAGCGGCAUUCUCCGCCAAAGCGCCAAAAGGGCCAAGACACCGACACCACCCAAGCCAGAACCGUCCGGGUAGUUGCACCAGCUGAAGAGACUGCAGCCCAACUCCGUUCCUCGCCCGUUGGAGCGGCGACAUCGUCCAUUACGCAUUCUCCUCGUCAGUCUACAAGUGUCUCAGAGGACACAAACGACUCGGCUGUGAUUAGUGAGCUCUCUCAUCGCCAUCACAUGAUUGGCGCGGCGAUCAUUCGUGGAGGUUUGAUUGCCACCCCCGGUGUCCGUGGGUACUUGGUCUGUAUGUACAUUGCAGUAAUCAACGGUAACAGGCCCGACUUCGAGUUUUUCCGUGCACCUCUACGCCAAUUGAUUGGGGACCCCGCGGACGCCGAUGCAGACUUCCGAUCAUCGUUGAAUGACUACUUGCCCACAGAGUAG